UUCUGAAUCUAUGAUGGUAUGUACCUGAUAUUUAUGACAACAUUGUCAACCAGACGUCAAAGUUGUUUCAAAUUAUCAAACCAAACAAAACUUGAAAUCUGGUUUGGAUAAUGAAUUACUAUUUCGGAAUUCAUUACUAAUAUUGUUAGUUGUUCUCUAUGAAUAGCAACAAAACAUUCCGAAACAAGUAGUGUAAAAAUCACACAAAAUGGGGGAAGCAUACUUUAAUCUAAAGCGUAAUUUAGAAGAUCUCGGCUACAACAGCUCUUUACCUAUAGACGCUGUACCUUUAGUGGAAUGUGUGCUAGCAGACUUAUUACAGACCACUCGUAGUUUACAACAUUACAUGGAUUUAUCGAAAGAAGCUUUAAUGCAGCGCGAUUCACUGAUGAUGGAAGCAGAGCCAUACAAAUGCGAUAACGCUAGGUUGAUACAAGAGAAUAAUCAGCUUCAUAAAGAAAUUAUGAAGUUGAGAGAAGAAAAUUUAAAAAUAACCAAAGAAUCUCGACGAAAGGUAAAGAGUUUAUCAGAAGAACUUAUUAAAAAAGAUUCAACUAUAAGCAAGCUGCAACAUGAGUUAAGAGACUUAAGUCUAAGAGGUCUGUGUGCAGAUACUAUGAGCUCUCGCAUCAAAAGUAAAAGAAGAGAUGGAGAGGGUCCUAGUUUUCCCAAAAUGUGUUCAUGCCAUGACAGACGAAGUAACUACAAUGAGAACACUCUGGCAGAACUUACCAAUAAGAUUCAUUUGCUUGAGGAGAAAAAUGAUAGUUAUUGUGAUGAAAUUGUUAUUCUUAAAAAUCAAGUGGAACACAGAGACAAUGAAAUUAUACGCCUGAAUAUGUUAUUAGAAGGAGGACGACCUUUGUCAGCCAUUAGCAAAGAUUGUUGUAGACAGUCCUCUAAUGAUACUGUCCACAAAAUGAUGAAAGAAAUACAUGAAUUAGAAUCUGCAAAUGAAGUGCUCAAGAAAGAAAAUGAAAUAGGCUUAGAGAAACAACAUGAAGCCAUGCUUAGAGCUCUUAGCCUUGCAGAUAAAAAUAAAAGUUUGCAGGAGGAACUACAAAAAGUAGACACACUAGCAUUAAAAGUUGAAGAAGAUUGUAACAAGAGACUAUCUGCAAUGAUGAAUGACGUCAACUUUUUACAAACAAGAAUAGAAGGGUUGACUAUGAAAAAUUCUGAACUAGAGAAACAACUAGCACAGCAAUCUAAAGAUGUGUCACCAAAGUCCACACAUCUACAGGAAUCUCUGAAUACAGCUCUGAUGGAAAAUGAAGCAUUGCACAAGGAAAUCAAAGAUCUGGUAGACCUCAACAAAACUCUGCAAGACAAGAUCUUGUCAAUGCCCCACUUGAAUAAGAGUUUUAGGGUACAUGAUAAUGACAAUCACAGUCCUAGAAGACAUAAAUUACCUACAAAAAAUGAACUCCAAACUAUUCUAGCCGAAGAAAGAAGAAGAUAUGACAUGCAUAUGAUGAAUGUUCAAGAAAAGAUGACUGAAAUAAUGAGUUCAUUUAACAGGCAUAUGGCUAAAUGUAUUGAUAAAGACAGCCCAAAAGUGAAUCACCCUAAAGACAAUGGUUUUGUAAGGGAGUUGCAUACACAAUUAUGUGAAAGUGAGCAAAAGAUAUUAAUGCUGAAGAAAGAAAAUGAUGACUUGAGAUCAAAAAUUAGUACCUUAGAAGAUGGCUCAAAACAGAAUUAUAAAGAUGUUAUAAGCCAGUUAAAUGUUGAAAAUGCAGAAUUAUCAAAGGAAAAUAUUGCUUUAAGUCAGCAAUUAAGUCAAUUGAAAAACCUAAAUACUGUAAGGCAUAAUGAUAGAGGUGACUAUAGUAAAUCUGAAAUGCAGAGACUUAAAGACAAAAUCAAUGAAUUAAUGAAUGAUAUACAGCUUUUGAAGAAAGACAAGCAAGAAUAUAAUUUACGAUACAAAGAAGCAUUAGAGUUGUCAGAGAAAUUGAAAAUGGAUUUACUGUUUAAACAAAAAGAAAUAGAUCAAUUGGAAGAAGAAAAUUGCUCAUUUAAAAUGACGAAUAGAAAUGGUAAAGCCUCUACUGAACAUCUUAGAGAUGAAUGUAAGUUUUUAAGAGAGCAAUUGAAGAAAAUGCAAUCUGAUGUUAUUAAAGAGAAAACUCUUGCAAGUCAAAUUAAAAAUAUACAAUUAGAAACUGAAAGAAGUAGCAAUGACUUACAAAAUGAACUGUUAAGUCUUCAGAAGAAACUAAGUAUAUCUAAUGAUACUAUAGAUACUUUAGAAAGAAAGUGUAAGGAACUACAAUCUGAAAUAACAACGUUGAGAACAGACAAAUCCAAUAUGAUGGAGACAAUUAGGAAAGUGGACCAAGAACGCGAUAAACUUGUUAUAGAAUUGGACCAUAAAACUGAAAAUGUUAGCAUGCUGGAGCAAAAACUAAAAUCUCAAUCAUAUGAUUUAAAUAAAUUAGAAAACGAAGUCGGCGAUCUUAAACGAAAAUUAAAUGUUAAUAAAGUAUCUGAACACAAAAUGGCAGAUCAUGAAACACAAAUAAAUUACCUGAAUAGUGAAAUUUUAAGACUUAAUAACCAACUUGAUACAGCCAUUAUGGAAAAUAAACACUUGCAAAAUAGUUUGGCAGAUGCUAACGGCACUCUAAAACUUACGAAAAUCGAGUAUGAAAAAUCGCGAAAGGAGGUAGAUGGCUUAAAACAACAGCUGCAGCAUUAUGUUGCAGAAGUCAGGAGAAUUGAAGAACUAUUAUCACAAAAGGAAGCAGAAAGAGCUGAUAUGUUAGAACACUUUGCCAGUCUCUCUGUUGAAGCCAAUAUUUUGGAAAAUACUAAUCAUUCACUAGAAAGUGAAUCAGCUUCUAAGACAGUGCAGUUGCAGACAUACAUUAAUAAGAUACAAAGUUUAGAGAGCAAAUUAUUAGACAAAGACAACAUACUGGAUUCUCAUUCUUCUCGGAUUGCUUCUAUGCAAUGUAAGAUAACUUCAUUAGAAAAUGAAGUGAAAUUGAUGACUGAAGAAAAAGCUAUACUGGAGCAAAAUAUUUCGUACUUGAAACAAAUGUGCAAUAAUUUGCAGACAGAAAACUCGAAUACUGUAAGAGGUAUUGGUGAAGCUGAUUCUGAAUUGAAAUUGUACGAAAACAGGAUUAAAACACUUUCUAAUGUUAAAACAAAAUUGGAAGGGGAGAAAGACGAAAUGAAGCACAGCUUGGCGACUACUGAAAAAUUAUUAUCUAAUGCUAGGAAGGAGAUUGUUGAACUCAAACUAGCUUUGCAAGAUGCUACAUCUGAAACUAAAUCUUUGCAAGAAAAUGUUAGCAGGCUGACCAGAAGAGAGGACGAAAUUCGUGAGACAUUGGAGAAAGAACAUGAAUAUGAACUUCCGAUAAUGCUAGAGGAGAUUCAUGAAGGGAGUCAUGAAGAUGAGGACACUACACUUUACCACAGGAGCCACAAAAGUCUCUCAAAAUAUUCCCACAGUAGCAGCACUCUUUAGUGCUAUAACAUUCGAAAUUUUCGAUUAUUCCAAGUACAGGGUUAGAGAUAUACUAAAUAUAAUAUAUUUGAAUAUGUAUGUAAUACACUAUGUAUUUAGUAUCAUGUUUGUUAGGAGAAUAUUUUCUUUCAAUGUGAGUUUUGAAUUGAUGUAAAGGUCAAUUGUAAAUAAAACAUGUAUUGACAUAAUAUAUUAUGAAUUUUAGUUGUGAAGUGUUGUUCUUUUUAUUAUCGAUUGUUGUAAAAAAGCUAUUGUGUUACAUUAUUGGGUAGCAGUGAACAGGAAAAUUAAAACUAUUCAGUUAAUAUCCAAACCAUAUAUUUUCUUUGGAUUAUAUUCAAGUAUGGAAAAUUAUACCUCCUUUUCCAAUAUUCUUCUACGAUACAUCUAUUUACAACAUGAUCAUACUAGCUUUGCAUUACUUAAAUAAUUAUGCUUCUACAUAAGUGAUAUUAUUGUACAAUAUAAGUACAAACUUAUGAAAAAGUUUACAAACCACAUUAACAUUAUAUGCUAAGGCUGUGGCUUUGACAGUACAGGCAGAAACAUUCAGUGUAGUAAUGUACACUAACAGAUUUUACAUUAAUGUCUAGUAGUUAUUAGCUUUAAUGUCACAUUGUAUAUCACAUCACCAUUAUAACAAAGCCUUACAAUAACAUCAAAACCACAGGAAAAUAACAUUACAAGUACAUAUCACCUUACAUUGAAUUAUCUUUACAAAAGUGUUAUCAAUUGUGAUAGACAUCAACAUGUGUCAUCUACAUUUACAUAG